GACGAAGCCAUCGUUUCCGCUUUUGCUGAGUCAUUCAUGAGCAUCGCGACAUUCAAAAGGGCAGACCAAAAAAACAGCAUUGACGAGUAAUCUCACUGUUGGUACGCAACAGUCACGACGUCAAAUGUCAAAAGUAGAGAAAAUGAAGUGUCACCGGGCGCAGCGAAAACUCAACAUACUUAGCGCGGCGAAGCUAAAUGACGGUAAGCUAGUAGUGAGGACGAGUUUGAGUGCGCGCUCAAACGGAGGCUGGAAAAGAAGAAAAAGGAACCUUAUUGACGACGCUUUGCCAAACGUUACGUUUGCCUGCCUGCCGCCGGCUGCCGAAUACUCUUCCUCCAUCGAGCGGCGCCGUAUCGGAACAAAAACAUCCGCUUUUCAAAAUAAAGCGUGGAAGCGAGGAGGUAUUCCUUUCUUUGGAGCCGCUCCGUCUUUUUGUUUUGAAACUCAGCCGCCGAACACGUCAAGCCGACUACCGACUCAUUUAUUUGGACGUCAGCAAACUAAAAACCACACACCAUUUACAAAAAAACGCGAUAGACGACGACCGAAUUCUGCAGAUGUAUCUUUAAAUUAAAAAAAAAAAAAUUUUUUUUUUUUAAAUAUAAAAAAAUCCCUGAACUACUUUGCCGUGUUGUCAAGUAUAUAAACGCUUCCGGCCGGCGGGCCGACGUCCCAUGCGGAGAAGCGCACCGGGCACUGAAUGCACCCGGUGUUCGGCAGAGCUUUCGAGUGAUCCGUUUUACUGGAAUCGGCACCAAACUACAAUCAUGAGUAGGAAUUACAACGACGAGUUGCAGUAUCUGGACAAGAUCGACACAAACUGCUGGAGAAUUAAAAAGGGUUUUGUUCCCAACAUGAAGGUGGAAGGAAUCUUCUACGUCAACGACCCUCUGGAGAAGCUGAUGUUUGAGGAACUGCGGAACGCAUGUCGAGGAGGUGUGGGCGGCUUCCUUCCGGCCAUGAAACAGAUCGGGAACGUGGCGGCGCUGCCCGGUAUCGUUCACAGAUCCAUCGGCCUCCCGGACGUCCACUCGGGUUACGGAUUCGCCAUCGGGAACAUGGCGGCCUUCGACAUCGACGACCCGGAGGCGGUGGUCUCGCCAGGCGGCGUGGGCUUCGACAUCAACUGCGGCGUCCGCCUGCUGAGGACCAACCUGGACGAGCGGGACGUGGAGCCCGUCAAGGAGCAGCUGGCGCAGGCGCUCUUUGACCACAUCCCCGUGGGCGUGGGCUCCAAGGGCGUCAUCCCCAUGGGGGCCAAGGACCUCGAGGAGGCUCUGGAGAUGGGCGUGGACUGGUCGCUGCGGGAGGGCUACGCCUGGGCCGAGGACAAGGAGCACUGCGAGGAGUACGGACGCAUGCUGCAGGCCGACCCCGACAAAGUCUCGUCCAAGGCCAAGAAGAGGGGCCUGCCGCAGCUGGGCACGCUGGGGGCGGGAAACCACUACGCCGAGAUCCAAGUGGUGGACGAGAUCUACGACGAUUACGCCGCCAAGAAAAUGGGCGUGGACCACAAGGGCCAAGUCUGCGUCAUGAUCCACAGCGGCAGCCGAGGCCUCGGACACCAGGUGGCCACAGAUGCGCUGGUGGCCAUGGAGAAGGCCAUGAAGCGAGAUAAGAUCGUGGUCAACGACCGACAGCUGGCGUGCGCUCGCAUCACGUCGCAAGAGGGACAGGACUACCUGAAGGGAAUGGCCGCCGCCGGCAAUUACGCCUGGGUCAACCGAUCGUCCAUGACCUUCCUCAGCAGACAGGCUUUUUCCAAGGUGUUUGCCAGCACGCCGGACGACCUGGACAUGCACGUUAUCUACGAUGUGUCGCACAACAUCGCCAAAGUGGAGGAGCACAUGGUGGACGGGCGCCAGCGCACUCUGCUGGUGCACCGUAAAGGCUCCACCAGGGCCUUCCCUCCCCACCAUCCGCUCAUCCCCGUCGACUAUCAGCUGACUGGGCAGCCGGUUCUGAUCGGCGGCACCAUGGGGACGUGCAGCUACGUCCUGACAGGCACCGAGAGAGGCAUGACGCGCACCUUCGGAACCACCUGCCACGGAGCGGGUCGCGCGCUUUCCCGGGCCAAGUCGCGCCGCAAUCUGGACUUCAGAGACGUCCUGGACCAGCUGGCUGACAAAGGCAUCGCCAUCCGGGUGGCGUCCCCCAAACUGGUCAUGGAGGAGGCUCCCGAAUCUUACAAGAACGUGACGGACGUGGUGGACACCUGUCACGACGCCGGCAUCAGCAGCAAGGCCAUCAAGCUGCGACCCAUCGCCGUCAUCAAAGGCUAGCGGCGGCCGCAAAAAUAAAGCGCUUUGUCAAACCGCUGUCCUCUGUGGUCAUUU